AUGCGGACCAGGGUUUCCCACGCUCAACUCACUUCACUCCUGGCUACUGCCUUCACUCCUGCACCUUCCAGCGUUCCUUUCCAGCGUUCAUGCAGCUUCCAGAACUCCUGCAGCUUCCACCUUCCAACCCCGCAGCUUCCAGCACUCCUGCAGCUUCCAGCGUUCCUGCAGCUUCCAGCUCACUCCUGCACCUUCCAGCGCUCCUGCAGCUUCCAGCUCACUCCUGCAGCUUCCAGCACUCCUGCACCUUCCAGCGCACUCCUGCAGCUUCCAGCACUCCUACAGCUUCCAGCAGUCUCCACUUCACCCCUGCGGCGCUCUACCGAUUUCCCACGACCUAUUCCAGCACCCGCUGACGACCUUAUCCAGUGCCCACUGACGUCUAGCGCCCGUUAUCGUCCGCACACCGUUCAAACGACCUCUGUCUUUCUUACCAUCCACCGUUUGCAAAUAAAGACACGAUUUCCAUCGUCUACAACGGACCAUCUGCGUUUGUCAUCCUUCUUUGCUAUUGCCAUCUCCUUGCCUUGUGUCCCCUUUUUAGUUGUACGGUCGAUUGGCACUCACACCUCUCGGCCCGCUGCAACACGUAGUGCUGGUGGGUGA